UUCUAAUCCAUCGUUUGCUUUUGUGGAACCACAAUUAGGAGCUAUGGAUGAAAUCGAUCUCUGUACGUGGCCAAGAAAUCCCUGUUACGGCUCCGUCAUCUUCCCCAUUAACUCUUACGGGCCUUCGGUUCGCUAUUCUUUUUGAUUCGGGGAGACAAUAUCUCUAGGGUUUUCCGUGAGGACGGCUUCUCCAAUUCCUUCGAGAUGGGCCUUUGGGAUUCCUUCCUCAAUUGGCUUCGCAGUUUGUUUUUCAAGCAGGAAAUGGAACUUUCGUUAAUUGGCCUUCAAAAUGCAGGAAAGACAUCGCUUGUUAAUGCUAUUGCUACUGGUGGCUACAGCGAGGACAUGAUUCCUACCGUGGGUUUCAACAUGCGGAAAGUUACAAAGGGAAAUGUUACCAUAAAACUCUGGGAUCUAGGAGGGCAACGGAGAUUUCGCACAAUGUGGGAGCGAUACUGUCGUGGAGUCUCUGCAAUUCUAUAUGUGGUAGACGCAGCAGACAGAGACAGUGUGCCCAUAUCCAAAAGUGAAUUGCAUGAGCUGCUGAUGAAGCCAUCCCUCAGUGGAAUCCCCUUGCUUGUUCUUGGCAAUAAAAUCGACAAAUCAGAAGCUCUUUCCCAACAGGCGUUAGUGGACCUCUUGGGGCUGGAACACAUCAAGGAUAGGGAACUCUGCUGCCACAUGAUCUCAUGCAAGGAAUCAGUUAACAUAGACAUGGUUAUUGAUUGGCUCAUCAAGCAUGCAAGGAAAGCAAAGUAAUGGAUUACCACCUGUGGUGUGUUUGGGUUGCUUGUAGGAAUCUGUUCUGAAGUAAAUAAUGCUUAUUUCAAAUUUGUGAUUCAUGAUUUUAAGAGCAACACAAGAAUUCUGGAUAUCUGCUUGUAUUUUGAUGGUUCAUAAUUAGUAAAAGGGUACUUGUCUA